CCCCCGCCGCCCCCAGCAGCCCCCGCGGCGCCCGGCCGCGCCGCCGCCCGGCUCGCAGCGCCCGCGCCGCCGGCCGUUGCGAACCUGCCGCCGCGCGCGGCCCGCCGGGCGCCGCGGCCUGCGGGCGGCCGCUGGUUGGCGGCGGGGGGACACGUGAGGGGGGAGGGGGCAGCGGCGGCGGCAGCGGCAGGAGUUUCCCCGACAGCUGGAGGUUGCGGCGGCGGCUCCUCCUCCCCGGGUCCCCGUGCGGGAGCAGAGCCCCCCGCGCCGCUCCGCGCUGACACACACACAAAGGGCCGCGCCGGGCCGCGUCUGGAGCCGGCAUGGGAGACAAGAAGAGCCCGACCAGGCCGAAGCGGCAGCCGAAGCCCUCCUCGGACGAGGGCUACUGGGACUGCAGCGUCUGCACCUUCCGCAACAGCGCCGAGGCCUUCAAGUGCAUGAUGUGCGACGUGAGGAAGGGCACUUCCACACGGAAACCUCGACCUGUCUCUCAGCUGGUUGCACAGCAGGUUCCCCAGCAAUUCGUGCCCCCUACACAAUCAAAGAAAGAGAAAAAAGACAAAGUAGAAAAGGAAAAAAGUGAAAAGGAAACAACUAGCAAAAAGAACAGUCAUAAGAAAACCAGGCCAAGAUUGAAAAAUGUGGAUCGAAGUAGCGCUCAGCAUUUGGAAGUUACCGUUGGAGACCUGACAGUCAUAAUUACAGACUUUAAGGAGAAAACUAAGUCACCACCUGCUUCCAGUGCAGCUUCUGCGGAUCAACACAGUCAGAGUGGUUCUAGCUCUGACAACACAGAGAGGGGAAUGUCAAGGUCAUCUUCACCCAGAGGAGAAGCCUCAUCACUGAAUGGAGAAUCUCAUUAAAGUUUAUUUCUUCCAGUUUCUUUAGUCUCUUCUCUUCAAAACAUGCAAAUACAUAACUUCUGCCACCUGUUACCACAUUUUCAUGACAGAUUAUCCAUGCACAACUGGUAUGUUUACUGGAACAUAGUUUAUGCAGUUAAAAAUGCAGUGCUAGAGAUGAUAUUUUAAAUGCAAUCUAAUAAUGCUUACAAAGCAUUUUCAGACCAAUUUUUUAAUCUUCAUGUGUAAAGGUGCCAUGAAAAUGUGGUUUGAAUGUUCAUUAUGCAGUGUUAUUGGUAAGUCCAUUUUUACUUUUAGUUUAGUGAAUUCUAACACAGUUCUUGGAUUCUCUGCUAUUGGCAUGUACUGAAUUUAAAUUUUUAUAACAUAGUUCAAGCUGCCUAAAUAUGUAUUAUUUGAGAAUUGUGAAGCAUAGUUAUAUGUAUGCAAGUCAAAGAUCAACUUAAUCAACUAUUGCUGCAACAGAAUUUUCAUAAUAAUUAUCUUCUUAAAAACACCUGCUGGUACUUGGUGUGGUUAAAUAGGAAAAUGUUAUUAAAUAAAACAUUUGUAUGAAUUUUUGCCAAUGUUUGACACAUUUUACUAGAUCACUGUUACUGAAUUAUGUUGCUGGUUUUACCAUUUUCUUUCACACUUAAAACACUUAUUGUAAUGUUUACAAGCAAAAUAGAAAACAUAUUCUAAGGAUUUAUUGGUUAGCUCUAUAAUUCAGGUGAAGUACUACAUUGUCAUUAUACACUGGUAUUCUGUAUUGUGUAACAAGCAUAUUGAACCUCAGAUGACUGAGCAUUUGGCAAAACUAACAUCUGGAAAUAUGAAAAUUUGGAAAAGCUUUAAAAAUAACCAGAAGUACAGUUCUCUUUUCUGCUUAGCACUGUUUCCUUGCCCCAAGUUUAUGUAGUGUCAUACAGUCACUUACCAUUUCAUUACAGAAAUAUCAGAUGUUGCACAAGAAUACGGAAAUAACAAUACUAUUACCCUUUUUGUUCUUGAAUCAACUCCUUGCAUUUUAAUUUGGCCCUUUAGAAAAUAUUAUGUCAUAAAUCAUAUGAAAAAACUCCAUACCCUGCUUUAAGGCAUAAAUUGUCAACAUUUACGCACUUAGCAAUAUACUGAUACAGAGCAGAACUAUUUACAAUCCCAUCUAAUAUUAUGUAAAAUUACCAAUAAAAUAUUUUUGUGAAUACAGAUUUUGCAUUUUUGUUUACAACCAAUAAGUGUUUUGGUGCACGCAAACACACAUACAUCCAUGUAUAGAUUUAAAAUUAUAGAUUCAGAACAAAAGUCCAUUUGGCUCCUUUUUAUGAGGUAGUCCACUCACAUCCCUGUGAUUCUUUUCUCUUUCAUCCAAAAUACAUAUUUCUAUGCCCAUAUAAAAUUUGGAUGGACCUUUUGGUAGUGAAUCCAGCCCUAAAUUAUUACCAACCUAUGAUACAUCUUCCUAACAGCUAAAAUGAUGAAUUUUUGUAGCCCCUGACAAUUGUGAUGUUUGGUGGUUUCUUGUAGUAAUGUAUUUUUCUGUUUUUAAUGCAGUACUUCUACAGGCACAAUGGUACUGUCUAUUUUGUAAGAUGCUAGUUGUGAAAUAGUUAGUUGCAUAAAAUGAAAGUCUGAUGUGAUAUCUGAGAACAUACAUACCUCAUUCUUUGGUGUUGCUGUUUAAACUUUUUAGACAUCAAAUGUUAAGUAUAGGCUGUUUCAGAUGGAUGACUACUGACCUGUUUACUAUGUAUUCUGCUUUAUCUUACUAAACAGGAUGUUUGUUCAUUGACAUUACCUGGCCAAAUCUUAGUAUCUUUAAAACAAUGUAUUUUAAGGUACUUAAAUGUUUUGGGGGCUGGGCUGGAGGUCAGAAUAACAUACACUAGUUUUUAAAAGAAAAGUACAUGCAUCUCAACUUUAUUUUUUUAUAUUUUAUUUUUAGGUGGGAGUAUUUGCAGAAUAUACUGAUGUAAUGGAUUACAAGAGAACUGAAACUGUUUAAAGUAAGCAGUUUAAUGAUAGCAAAUCUCAUUGCAAGAUGUUUUAUGAAAUGUGCUUCUAAUUUAAAUGUAAUGAAUGCUAACACAUUUCAUUAUUCCUUGCAAGCAAAUAAUAAUCUAUCACCAGUAGAUCACUAAAUGGGAAUCUUAUUUUCAUUUAAGUUUAUGUGAAUAAACCACCCAGCACUGCCAACAAGAGGUCUCUUUUUACCUGUAGAAAUAAGUAGCAAUUUAGUAUGGAAGGAAAGAAGGAUUUGAGUGGCUUUGCUAUGAUUCAACUGUCGCUAGAGAGUGAUCUUAAAAAUGUGGUAAAAUUAUGGUUAUAAUGAAAAGAGUGCAGAAAGGGCUUAUGGAAGUCCCUGUUCUUUUUGGAAUAAGAUUUGGAAAAGCAAUUUUUAACUGCAAAUGCAAGUCAGCUAGGACCUAAAAAUUGAGCUGUGGUGGUUCUAAUCGAAAGAGUAAAUGUUACAUAGCUAGUGUUUACCUUACAGCAAUGCCUGUUGUGGCAUUAAACAAAAUUAUUUUUGCCCGUGUAUGAUUAAAGGGAUAUGACAAUACUGACAACAGAGUAGACAAAAUCAGUAGAGUUUGGCAAUUUCACUCUGUUCAUAAUGUUACAAAUAUAAUUUAAAUCAACUUCACUUUCAUAAUUUCUAAAUAAUUUUGACUUGUAGUAAUCCUAAAUCCUUUUUCUAACUGUAAAUAUAUUUAAAAGCAUCUUUACUCCAUUUAUAAAAAGUGAAAAUCUAAUGUUGUAAUGUGUUUUGAUUAGCUAUUUUUUCCUCUGUGACUGUUUUCUGCAUAAGAACUGUUAUUUGUUAAAUCCUAAAUAUGCACCAGUCUUCAACAGCCAUACAUUCUGGAUUUUUCCAUGAAAUGAUGAUCCAACAAAGACAAAUGUGAUGGUGUUCCAUGUAAAUAAGUUCCUUUAUGUACUGAGUAUUUGUCCCAUUUUAGAAAGGAAAAGGGAGGGGAGGGAAGGGGAAAAAUGAACUGUAGUUAAUUCACUGAUAAAAUAUACAAUUGUUCAAUCUUCUAUCUUCCUAACUGUGCCAGUAAUUAUAGGUGGCAUAAGGAAAUGAUUAAAUAUACAGCUGUAGACUGUGA